AUGCACGAACCAACGUUGCUCUGGGAGGAGUUGGUCCAUUGGGCCAAGUACGACGUGGAGAGGGCCAUCCCAAGCCUGGUGGACGGGCUUAAGCCCGGCCAGCGCAAGGCCGGUGGACUGCAAGCAGCCACAAGCCACGUCCGAGACGGCACACGCCAGGUCCUCUUCGGAACCUUCUUGAAAAAGCUCACGCAUGAGAUGAAGGUGGCCCAGCUCUCCGGCUUCGUGGCCGAGAAGAGCGCGUACCACCAUGGCGAGACGUCCCUUCAGGGGACGAUCAUCGCAAUGGAGCCUACCACUUUUCCGAAAGAAGUCCUUGAAAGGAGUCGAGGGCAGAUGACGCUCGAAAGCUUCGAGGGCUCCCCGCAGUAUGUGAGCCCCAUGAUGCAGAAACCUGGCAAAGUGGCUCUCCGACUCGCCCCGCGACUCCAAGGCGAAGCAGCGAGCGGCGGCCAGCGGCCGCUGAUGCCGGCGAUCGACAUGCCGGGACUUGGCUGCAUUGGGCCGCCGCCGGGCCUGGAUUGCGGAGGCCCUGGCCCUUGCACGAGUGUGCUACAACCCGGAGCACUCUGGACGAGCACUCUGUCUCUAUCCAUGCUUCGAGGCAACCAUCCGAAGUGUCCGUCGCUGCCCUUCAACUUUGCGGCCGAGUAUUUGUCCAGAGCAAACUCCCAGGAUACUGGCAAGGAUUCGCCCUCACCGAGUACUUCGUCCGGGGAUGCGCCAAGCGAAUGGAACUGGCCGCAAGGGACAACCACCGUCAUGAUCAGGAACAUACCUAACCGCUACACGACAGAGGAGCUCUUAGAAGAGUUGGUGGCGAAGGGCUUUGCGGGAGACUUUGACUUCUUCUACCUGCCCAUUGAUUUCGAGACCAAGCGCAACAAGGGCUACUGCUUCCUGAACCUCCACACCCAGGAGUUGGCCCGGCGAUUUCGACAGGCCUUCGUCUCCCAGAAGCUAGAGCGAUACAAGACAAUGAAGGUGCUGGAGAUUACCCCCGCGGACACACAGGGCUUCGAUGCAAACGUCCUGAAGUAUCUCCAGCAACAGUCGAACCGGAUCCACAACCCCUGGUUCAAGCCCAUGAUCUUUCUGCCAAGCUGCGUCGAGGGACAGCCCUGGAAUUGCCUGCCACUCAGCCUCGAGACCCUGCCGGCACGGCUCCGGGGCCAGGCGAAGCUUUCUCGCCGCCGCAAGGAGUUUGACGAAAAUGGGAGCGAAUCGGAGCUAUGCGACCAAGGCCAUGUGGACAGUUUGGAACACGUAACCAGGGUCUCACAGAAAAUCGGGCAGGAGGGGGAGGAGGAGGCAUGGGAGGGUGGUGCCUGCGAAAAAUAUCAUCAAUCUGGCCUGGACAGGCGAGAUGCAUCUUCCCUGCAGAGGAUGACCCAGUCCUUGAGCCAUUUGCUGAGCGGCGGAAGGUUGAACUCAUAUUUGGAGUUUGAAGAUCUGGCAGAUCGGGACGCGCCGAGGUAUCAGUCCGAAGAGGGCCAGCGCAUUGUCCUCGUAAACGGCUCAGAGGGCAUUGGUGUGGGUUGGAGCACAAGUGUGCCCAACUACAAUCCGCGCGACCUGAUCGCGAAUGUCCGGCGGCACCUGCGGGGUAAGCCUCUGGAGCCGCUGACCCCUUGGUAUCGUGGAUUCCGUGGCACUGUAACUGCAGUUGCAGACAAGCCUGGACGAUACGAGACCGUCGGAGCGGUGCAGAGGCACGGCUCGACGCGGAUCGAAGUCACUGAGCUGCCUGUGAGGAAAUGGACCCAGGAUUACAAAGAGUGGAUAAUGGACCAGCUGCAGGCCGAUGACGGCAAGAGAGCCACGAUUUCGGAGUUCCGCGAGUACCAUACGGAGAACACGGUUCACUUCAGCUUGUCCAUGCUGCCUGACAAGGUGGCUCAAGCCGAAGGGCGUGGCUUGGAGAAGUUCUUGCACUUGAAGUCCACAAUCACGACCACGAACAUGCACCUCUUCGAUGCUAGUGGGAAAUUGAAGAAAUACGAAUCGCCCGAGGAGAUCUUGCGAGAUUUCGCGAAGGUUCGCCUGGAGCUGUAUGGGAAGAGAAAAGAGUACUGCAUCCAAAAGCUUCAGAAGGAGGUGGCCACUCUGACCGACAAGGCAAAGUUCAUUCGCUUGGUGGUGGAUGGCGAGUUGGAGAUUGCAGACCGGGCUUCUCGAAAGGUGUGCAACGACAUGAAGCGGUUUGGACUGCGGACGAAGCAGGAGAUCGAGGCCGGUGUCGAAGAGAAGCCGACUGCAGCUCGAAAUUCGCGGCGCCUGCGUGCCGUGAUUGAUGUCACCGACACCGAUGUGGAUCUGGCAGGACCUCAAGGCUACGAGUACUUGCUGAAGCUCAAGCUUUGGACCCUCACGGAGGAGCGCUUGGAAGCCUUACAGCGGCAGCUGGCCUCAAAGAGCCAGGAGCUCGAGGACCUCAAGGCAACCAGCCGAGAGCAGCUGUGGGAGAGGGAUUUGGUCCGGCUGGAGGCCGCUUUGGACGUCGUGGAGGCCGAAGAGCGGAAGGAGCAGGAAGAGGCAGCGAGGCUCAUGAAAAAGGCCGGCUACUUCGAGGAUGAUGCCUCCGUGAAUCGUCAGUGUGUUCUGGUCCUGAGUGAUGGCUUCUCGCAGAUCAAGCGCAUCCGCACGGACAAAUGGAAGGCAGUUCGGUGCGGUGGUGCCGGGAAGUCGAUUGCUGGUCACAAAAAGAAGAAGGCCAAGGAUGCUCCGGCAAGCGGGGAUGAGGGAGAGGAAGAGGAGAUGGAAGCGGAUGGCGAUGAGGAACUGCCGGAUGCGAUCAGCGCCGCGGCACCUUUCCAUUCACGUGAUUCGCCUGCCAUGGCGGCCAUAGCUAUGGCGAUACUAACUUUACAUCUCUGGAAUUCAGCUGGCGAGAGGGCAGAGUUGCAUCCGACAGAGCUUUCACGACGACCAGUCACGAAGCAGGUAUGUCUGCUCCAGAGCCAGCGAGACAUGCAAAAGAUCUAUGUUCCCGUAAACGAUACAGACCGCGCCCACAGGGCAAAGAGGAUCCUCUACAGCAUUGGUGCAGGUCUCCACCAGCUCCCUGAGCUGCAGGCUUGCCUUGAGACCUGGGCCUCCAAGCUCGGGGAAGGUGAGCUCCAGGUCAUUGGCCUUGGUGCAAAGGAGAGUCCGGUGGAGGCGAAGACGGUGCUUUGGGAUCCAGCGCGGGAGUGCCCGGACAGCCAUGUUGGCGGUGCCUGCAAAGACGCUGUCGGCCUCGCAAACGCCUACGAGAGAGGUGUAGACUGGGUCGUGCUUCUGGGCACCGACAACUAUGUUCUGCCAGCCCAUUUCGAGAAGGCUCUUACGAGAUUCGACCCUGCAGAGCCUCUCAUCCUGGGCAUCAGAGGAUGUGGACUGUUGGACUGUCCAGCCGGCGGGCUCUGUGGCGGUGGAGGGCAGGUCUUUAGUCGAGCUGCCCUGAAGGCCUUCUUGGCCCAAGGUCGGGAGGCCUUCCUCGAGGAGCAGAGGUCAGAAGCCUUGGCCAUUGGUGGCUGGGGCGACGUGGCAAACUGCAGAGUUGCCGCGAAAAGGGAUAUACCUAUUCGAAAUCUUGCGGGUCUGCAUGCUUGGGAAGUCGACGAGUCGAAGCUGCACAAGCGAGACCUGACCUUCCACUAUGUCAGUGCAGCUGCGAUGUAUGAGAUAGACAAUGUGCACGGAAAGCAUGUGCACAACGCGGUGCUUCUUGAAGCUGGUGUGCUCGAGUCUUCCUCUUACAUCAGAGACAGGGAGGCCUAUGUCGAGGCCGAAAACAUGCGUCGCAACAGUCAGAGGAGAUGA